AUGAACCCGGCUACUGGCGACCCAGCUCGCCGGUCGCGGCCCGCACCGCGAGGGACUGCAUCCUAUCAACGAAAGCGAGCCGUCAAGGCGUGCCAGGUUUGCCGUGCCCGGCGCACGAAAUGCGACAACCUCAAGCCGUCGUGUUCCUUCUGCCUCAAGGUCGGUGCCGUCUGCAUCCAGUCGGCCGAGGACCUCUCCAGCUUCGACCCUGCCAGUCUCAAGAUCCUGGAACGCCUCGACAGCCUUGAGCAGCUGAUGCGGUCCUCGCUGCCAGCCACAGACGAGCAAGGACCGCCGGCCAAGAAGAGAGCCCGGCCAACAACCUCUCAUGUCGAUCCACCCGAAGCCCAAGUCGGUGGCACUCGAGUCGACGUGAGUAUGGUCCUGCCGCCUAGUUCCGAGGAGAUGCUCUCGUGGAGCUACAGUGUCGACGACACGGGGACUCUCGAAUUGCAGCAUGGCACGCCGCAACAUCACGUUUCGUCUCCGCCUGGUCUUGUGGCGGUGCCAGAGGACCCGCGCCUUGUCAAAGCUCUGCUGGACAACUUCUUCAAUUAUGUCCAUGUCAAGAAUCCCAUACUCGAUGAGGUGUCAACGCGCAGAAUGGUUCUCGGCAAGGCCGUGGAAGGGUUGGGGUUUGACUGGAGCCCCGAGUCGUGCCUUGCCUUGCUCAUCUGCGCUCUCGGGUCCCUAGCCACCCCGUUCGGCCCCAGUCCCGACACGAUGCCAGGCACGGCGGCUUAUGCCCAUGCCCAGGCGUACUUCCAAGCUGCACAGAAGCGCAUGGGCUUGUUGUUUGUCGCCGAAGACAUCAUUGCCCCGCAAUGCUUCUUCCUUGCAGGCGUCUUCAUGAUGUGCAAUUUCCAGUCUACCAAGGCGUGGCGGUAUUUCGUCCAGGCUCUUGUUGGCUGCCAAGAGUUCAAGUUCCUGACCAACGCGCCUGGGCGACCCGACCAGCUGGAUGAAACUCCUCACCAGGCCAUCUACUGGUCCGCCUGGAAGUCGGAGCGCGAGGUGCGGGGCGAUGUGCGCCGUCCGGACUUUCUCGUCAGCGACCAUGACACAAGACUCUAUCCAUCAUUCUUCCCAACGCCACCAGCACCUCGCGCAGAUGCGGUGAGGAUGCCUCUGAUGGAAGCAGACCAAACCAGGGAGCAGAUCUCCUGGUACUUCUACCUUGCGGAGAUCUCCCUGCGCAGGCUGACUGCUCGCGUGAGUGCGGAGAUGGUGGCCAUGAUGGAGACGCAUGCGUCGCGGCACAUGUUUCUCGAGUCCAUGGCAGCAGCUCUGUCUUCAUACGAGGCCCAGGCCAAUGAAUGGCAGGCAUCGUUACCUCCGUGUCUAUCUCUCGAAGCGCCCCCGGAGCAGGAUGACGUGUGCCGAUUCGUGCUCAGGGGCCACUUGAUCAACCUCUACGAGACACUAUACUGGCCUUUCUUGGCGGUCUUCCUGGACGAAGAGGGCCUUGGUCUUCAGACUGGCGCAUUGAAUGCAUUUAGCGAGCAGGCCCAGCGUGGUCUGGAGAACCACAUGGCAAGGUUGCUUGUCAACAAAGCAGGCUAUCAUCACCGUCACCACGGAACGGACCCACUGCUGCGAUCGUGCUCCCGAACGGCGUUGACGCUCUUGGCUAUGUCAAGAACCCAAGGAGCGAGAGGAGGGGGCGGGCUCUCGCAAGCCCUGCACCUGCUUGCGUUCUGGAGCCCUGAGACUGAUCGGUACAGCGAGGUCAGAGUAACUCUAUGCCGAGGCCUCGCUGAGGCCAAGAGCCAUAACUACCGGCUUCGGGGGCCUUGAGAUCGGUUGCCGGAAGGUUGGGCUUUACCCCUGGUUGGCCGAACUUGUUCGAUCCGGAUCCUUCCCGUCAACGUGGAGGCCCAGCUGGUUCCCCACUCCCAUGCAUGCCGGCAUAUUCUGGCUGUCGCGGAAUGUCGCACUUAAGAAAUUGGGGUAAUUGCGGGCUUGAAGCUGGGUACGUACAUGGCCCGAACCGCGAGCUGCGUAUAUCUAUGGCCGAAGCAUUGGUGCCUGACUGGUUUGUCGGUCAUGUUCCAUGUUGCAACAUCCUUUCCGCAGUCAAAUCUUCAUCUUGCACACACACAGCGACCAUGGGUGACGCCACACGACUCAACCC